AUGGAGGAGCAGCGGGUGCCGGGGGACGAGCGGGACAAACGGAAAUGUGACGACUUCACCAGCCUGUACGGCCUGGACACGGGUCACGUCACGUCACAGAGGGGGCUGGCUGACCACUCAGGUCAAGAAGGGGCGUUCAAGAAGAUCAAGGCCGAGGGCGCCAGCCCGGUGCUGUCUAUGUCGUCAGCUGCCUCGUUAGGGGGCGCUUCCCCGGGCUCCGCCUCAGGUCACACCCCCGGCUCAGGCACGUGUCCGACACCAGCUAGGAGGCGGCACCGGACAACAUUUACACAGGAACAGCUCCGGGAGCUAGAGGCCGCCUUCGCCAAGUCCCACUACCCCGACAUCUACUGCAGGGAGGAGCUGGCCAGGAUAACCAAGCUGAAUGAGGCCAGGAUACAGGUGUGGUUCCAAAACCGCCGGGCCAAAUACCGUAAACAAGAGAAACAGUUGGCCAAGUCACUGAGCCCAGUCAUCCCCACCUGUAACGGCAUGAUGCGCAACAUCUACCCCACCAACGCCCGGGGGUACCACUACCCCAGCGCCGCCAACAUGAACAACAUGGCGGCCAGAUACGGGGAGUACCCCCAGAUGAACUCGACCUACCCCCCGUCCAUGGGCGGCAUGCACCAGUUCUCCCACAUGGGCGGUAUGACCGGAUCCAAUAUGGCAGCCAGCAUGAGCAUGCCCAGACAAGUCCAACAAUUUCCCAUGGCGUCAGACUACGGCCUGGAGUCAGCCGAGGAUGACUGGUACAACAAGAGUUUAACAGCUCUACGCAUGAAUAACUCGCAUCCCGGGCCCUUAUCCAAUCAAAUUCUACCGUAUCAGACUCAAGUCUAAUCAAGCCAAUCACAAACGACGUUGCAAGCAGCUAAAACUUAUUUCCUCUGUGCCACAAACUCUCCGCCAAUGAAAUCGAUCGUCUCAUGUCGGUUUCCAUUACAGCCAGACGCACGAGCGAACAGAGCCGAAGCUUCGAGUGUCGGCUAACACAUUCAAGGGAAAACUUGGACGUAAAAUUUGUUUUUCCCUUCAAGGCGGGGCAUAAUUUGACAUAAACCAAAACUAUUUACACAACUUUUAUCUGGAUAGAGUACACGGUUUCACAACACAGCCGUGACCUUGUCCUCAGCUCCGACAGACGUGUCAACACGCGGCUACACGUCUCUUUUAAAUCUAGGUCAAACAAACAUCGUGUGUUGUGAGCGGAUUGGUUCAUCUUGUUUACACAUUUUAAUGACUCGGCACAAUGCAUCACACAUAGCUGUCUAAACAUUCGACUCGUGUUAAUUGAGGGUGGUUUGUUUAUUUAUGGCUCGUUCUGAUAAUUAGUGGUUUUAAUUAUGUGCCGCCGAAGUCCGCAAUAAUAUCUGUGGC